UUUCGACCUCCCGAGUACCCUCCCCGGUUCCCACCCAAAGUCCAAAACUCUAAUAAAACCGACUUCACCCACGGCGGCUUUCCAAAAGUAGCAUAGAAUCCAUCGUCGCACCACCCGUCAAAUCUAAUAAUUCCCUCAAACCCUAAUUCCCGAAUCCAACCCCUGCCAUACCACUCGGUCCCAAGUCCAAACUCUUCCUCGCCUUUUUCUUCUUCACCUUAAAAACCCUAAAAACCCCAUAACCCGACCCCACCCCUCUCUCUCUCUCUCUCUCUCUCUAUCUGAUACCAAGCGAUGGCGUCCGAGCUAAUACUCUAUAAACCCACCCCUUCCGCUCCCUCCGCCUCCCAUACCCCCCUCGCCUCUUCGCCCCCACAACGACGCGAUGACGCCCACGAGAGGCGGCGCAAGGCCGCCAAGCGAAGCGCCGCCUCCUCGCCUGCGUCGUCAGCCGUAGCGGCGGCGCCGGCAGCCAGCAAGGACCGCCACACGAAGGUGAACGGCCGGGGAAGGAGGAUCCGGAUGCCGGCCCUCUGCGCCGCCCGGAUCUUCCAGCUUACCCGCGAGCUCGGCCACCGCACCGAUGGCGAGACCAUCGAGUGGCUCCUCCGCCACGCGGAGCCCUCCAUCAUCGCCGCCACCGGCUCGGGCAUCGCCCCCCACCCCUCCGCCUUUCUUCCCUCCUUCACCGCCUCGCCUCCCUCCUCCUCCUCCCCCUCCCCGCCACCGCCGCCGUCUUCCUCCUCGAUGACGGCUCCUCCUCCGCCGACCCCGGCCGGUUUCUUCGCCGUCAACGGGAUGGAGUUCGGCGCUCCGAUGGGGGGAUUGGGUUUCUCCUCUCCUGCCGUCGCCGGGAUGGAGUACCGGCACAUGCCGUACUACACCGCGAUGCUGAUGAGACCGUCGACGGCCGACGAGGAAGAUCAUCGAGAUCACACCAACAACUGAGGUCAGGGACAGAGUCAUGGUUUAGGAUUCUCGUCGAUCCCUUUUGUUUUAUAUCUCUUCUUCUUCGGUUUGGGUUCUUUUUGAUUGGGUUAUAGGGGUUUUUGUUCCGUAUAAAGAAGAAGAAAGAGGAGAAGUAACUAGAAAGUGUGUUCCAUGUGUGGUGGUCGAGGACUUGGAACGAUGUCUCUCUUUACUUACAAAAAAAUAAACAUAAUGUAUACUUUUAAAUAUUCGAUGUUCGGUGUUAUAACUUCUUUCAUAUUAUGUGAUUGGUUUUAGAUUA